ACAGUCACGACCAAACGCUUUAUGAUAAUUCUAAACGCAUGCCAAGCACUUUACGGCGACUGCAACCCCUUCUCUCCAUCGACAAGCGGAAAAACACCUGCAACUCCUCCAAACCCUAAUCCUAAAAUUAAAUCACGCCGAACCAAUUUUACUUCAGAAAUAAGCACAACCAUCUGCAAUUCCCCUUCCUUCACACCUAAAAGAAGGAAAAAAAACCCUGUAACUAAUCCGCAGCAAACCCAAUUCCCUCCGGAUCUUAUAGAGGUAAUUCUUUUAAGACUUGGCGUCAAAUCUCUGCUUCGAUUCAAAUGUCUAUCCAAGCAGUGGUUUUUUCUACUUUCCAAUCAACAAUUCAUCACAAGACACCUCAAAAUCCAGACUUCUAUUUGCACCCACCAGGAAUUUAUCGUACAGAGCAGUAAUGAUUCAGACUUUGCCAUAGGCACUCGAAAUGCUAAUGCUGAUAAGAUUCUCUUUCUACUAUUGGAAACCAAUUACCUCCAGGUACAGCCUUCAGAGAAAAUUGCGAGCUUCUUAGGUCAUUGCAAUGGCCUCGUGUCUGCGCACUUAUUUUGCAAGGAAACUGACCGGAGCAGCAUCGUUGUUUGGAACCCGUCAACCAAGGAACAGAGGAGAUUUCCGAUACCACAAUGUCGUCAGAAGAAUUUUGAACGAUUUGGGUUCGGAUAUGACUCUAUCAGUGAUGAUUACAAACUCGUAGUAGCCACAAGUGCAUUGUCAGGAAGGAAGCUUGAUAAGGUCCAGUGCUUGAGCCUGAAGACGGGUUUAUGGAAAACUACUCAACCCGAUGCAGGGUACCUGUUUGAUUUAUCAGGAGCAGCUACAGAGUCAAAACAUGUCAAUGGCCGCAUCUACUGGCUUAUUGAUCGUGAAAGACGACCUGAUUGUGGGAUUGCGACUUUUGAUUUGGCCACAGAUAGAAUGGAAGAAGAGGAAUCUCUAAGCUGGAUAUUAUCCAAUGAUUUCAAAAUAUAUGCUGCUUUGGAGCUCAUUGGAGAUUCUCUUUGUCUGGUAGUGUCUCCGGAUGAGGUUACAUAUGAUAUGUGGAUGAUGGAGGAAAAUCUGGUGACACAUGCAAAAUUUUGGACGAAAUUGUUCAGAGUUCAAAGUACUGAUGGCAACUUCAACGCCCCUUUGGAUGAUGAAACGAAUCGGGAUGUGAUGUCUCCUGUUUGUUUCACCAGAAACAAUAAAGUUCUGAUUUUUUGGCAUGACAGACAUGAAUAUGCUCUGUAUGACCCCAAUGAUCAAUCAGUUAACAAAGUUGCAGAAUUUGGCAAUCCCAUUGUUCGAUCCUGGCCUGUGAGUCCGUGUGUGGAGAGCUUGGUCACCCUGGGUAGAUGAAUUCAGUCACUCAAUUCUAAUUUUAUUAACAUUAUUAUUUUUUUUCUAGUUUUAUUAUCUUCUUUAAUGUUGGGAGUGUCUGAUAAUAGAAGAGGGUGUGCUAUAGUGUUAAGAAUGCUAUAGUGUUGAGAGUGCUGAGGCUGGGAUGUCAGAAGGCAGUUUGGUUGUUGGAGGAGCUUUAAUAGGCCACAAUGGAUGUGUUAAGGGUGUUCUUUCAGGUGCUAUAAGUUGCAAUGAGAAGGAUGAAACAAUUCUGCCAGCUAUUAUUCUUUGCUGUUGACAAGAACUCUGUGCUUUCAGCUAGUAAAUUUGGCUGUCAAAGGAAUGGUCAUUUUGGUUUUUAUUAUUCAUUAAUUACAAACAAUUGCUCUUGACAGUUCAGUUUUGUCUUAUCUUCAAUGAAUUUGAUGUGUCUUUGGAGUUGCAGGAAGUUGAUACUGUGAAAUUCUGCCAUGUGUGCCAUUGUCAAUAUUCUGUUAGAUUAUUAUGCUAAUCAAGGUGUGUGUGAAGCAGAGGCAAGGCAAGGGAAGCAUGACUCCCAUGAUAAUUGAUUUAUUAUUCCUUGAAUGUCAUUUGCAGAAAGGUGGAUUCUCUUGAUACAGUUCUGAUUUAUUGGUGCUGUUCACGAUUAUACUGCCUGUCUUUGUGCUAUUUUAUCUUCACAAAUGUAUGGAGCGUAGAUUUGUGUGGAUUAGUCUAAUUUCAGCUUUAUCUUUUUGCUUUAUCUUUUUGUACCAGUUGACCUGCAGAUUCUUAUUGGUUUAUUAGGUGUGUUGCUUGUGUUUGCUGCCAUUGUCCUGCAUUUCCGUUUAGUUCAGAGGUUCGAAGUCUGGAGAUACUUCAGGGUUUUGUUUCCAUUUUUUCACAACCUUGGAAGGAGUUGUUGAAGCUUUGCCAGUGGGAAGGUUUUUUUGGUAUUGGCAACCCAAUUCAAUGUUGUAUUUUCUUAUGCUUCUUAUGAAUUUGUUUUAUGAGUUGGCUUUAUGCACUUAG